AUGAACAAAUUGAUCGGGCCAUUGAUCACCUGCUUCUUGCCAUCGGCCGGCGACUCUCUUUCCGCGUCGUACUGGCAAAUGUUCUCUUUUUUGACAGACCUGGGUCCGGUGUACACGAUUUGGCUGCUGGAAAGCCAUCGCAUCCAUUCCUGGGCAGUAGUGAUCCUACCAAAUGCGCCCGGGUCCUUUCUCCCCGCGCUGAUUGCAGGAUACUACGGACCCCAUUUUGGCAAUUUCUUUCCGAAGAUCGUGGCCAUGCGCCAAUGUUUCCACGCCAUAUGGCAGUUAUUCCCCAUCACCGUGCAGGCUCCCUUCCGCUUUCUCGAGAAAUGCGCAUACCCGCCCGUUCGACCGCGACCACAAUAG